UGUCAAAAGCACUGCAGUUACUAUAUAAAAUCACCCUUGUCAUACUGUUCAAACAUUGUGCUCGCUAUUGAUUUGGGCCUUAGUUGCAUGUUAUUGUGUUAUUAGGCAUGAAAUAGCUAAGAUGUGCAAACAUGGAAUUUCAUAAAAACAAAUUUGCAAGUUGUUUCCAAUUUGAGCUUUAGAAUUUACUGCAUGUGAACGAGAUAUUGUCUUCACUCGUCUAAUGUGUGUUUUUGUCUGUUUUUAUCGUUUGUGUUUUUAUUUACAACUAUUUUACUGCUCUCUUGGCAAGUUAACUACCGAAUAAGAGAUCUUUAUUCUCCCUGACACUUUUACUUGGUUAAAUAAAGCCUAAAUGCUUCUAUUUUUGGUGCUUCCCUUUUUGAAGUGAAGUGGAGAUGGAUCUUUGGAAACAUGGACAAAGUGGAGCUUUUUGAGGUUGUUAAAGUGACAGAAGAGGUGGAGAGUGCCUACAGCCAAAUGGAGGUGACAUCCUUUAAAAAGAGGAAGAGCAAACCUCAAGAUGACAGUGUGGAGAAACCUAAGAAGCCUAGGUCUGCCUAUCUGCUAUACUACUUUGAUGUUCACCAGAUUAUGCAACUUGGAGUCUCUAAUAUGCCACAGUCUGAGAUCAACAAGCGUAUCAGUGAGAGCUGGAAACGACUCAGCGUAGCUGAGAAAAGCUACUACCUGGAAAAAGCCAAGUUGGAGAAGGAGGGCGUAGAUACAUCAUCUGUUAGUCCCUCCAAAGAUCUGCCAGGCUUCCGCAAAAUCCUACCAAGAACCAGUUACUUUGUAUUGUCCAAAGGCUGCUCCUCAAGUCUCCAGCCGGGAAGCUCUCAAUCAGAGCUCAGCAUUGAGUCUACGGAGAAUCCACCUGAAAAUGGCUUGCCCUCAGUCUCCCUUAUUCAGGAAGCCCGGUUGACACCUCUAGGGUUGGCUGGUAAGGUUGAACUCUCUGAACACCCCAUUGUUGUUGAUGAAAUAAAAGGGGAAACAGCGGUAGUGUCUCCUGCCCUCCAAGGAAUUCCACCCGCCUCUUCCUCCUCCUCUGUCUCACCGAAAGCAACAGCUUCUGGAGACUCCAGUGUCUCACAGGGCUCUGAUGACUGUGCGGCAAAUCGGGUCAUACUGAAAGGAAAUGAGGCAAAAGCUGGCAGUAGUAGUUACAGUGCAUCGAUGGUGCAGCAAACACAGGGGGAAACCACACAGGUGGUGGCCAUCAUACCCACCCAGAACCUACUGGGGCCCAAGUCUUUGGCAACUGUGAGCUCUGUGGGCCCGGUGGUGAUGGUCCCUGUUGGAGCAAGCAUAGAGCAAAGUGUCAAACCUUCAUAUAAAAUGUCUGUGAAGACAUACACUCGGAGAGGUCGAGGGAGGUGUCUGACUCCUGGCUGUUCAUUUAUCUACGUUACCCGCCACAAGCCACCAACAUGCCCCGAGUGUGGGAGCCACUUGGGUGGUAAAUGGAUACCCGCUGCAAAAAAGUCACACGAGAAGCAAGCUGCUUCAAGGCAGUUGCAACAAAAAGCUAAAAAAAAAGCUAAUAAAAGCUGUCAAACCACACAACCAACAACUCAGAAGGCAGGUGCUGCUGUCAGCAAAAUAAAUACUACUGCAGGCAACAAAGAAGGACAAGUUCUGAGGCGCGUCAGAAAGCAGCCUGUUCGUUCAGCUGGAGUGCCACAAGAGGGCAGCAGCACCAAACAACCGGCUCAAACAAGACAAGUGAAAGACAAUCCUAAAAGUGCCUCAAUCCAAGGCCAGGAAAAGAGCAGUACCAUUGUGCAGAAGAGGCCUGUGAGGCCCAUCCUUCCUGCCUGCUACAACACAGGUCGUGCUGUGUUUCAGAUCAUAACUGUUCCACCUGACAAAGAGAAAUUUCAGUAUUCACACAACAAUAAUUCACCGAAUGUGCCACCAGAGAAUUUCUCAGGUCUCAAACCCAGCACUUUAAAGCAGCUCGGCCAGGCCGUCCCAACGACCACAGCUAACCAGGAUUUUCCGGGUGCAGCGGACAGAAGCCAGCCCACGUCUUCUCUGACUGACAGGAGAGUGAAUAUCCUGUCAGUUGUGCCUUUCAAACAGCAAACAGUUUCCAGUUUUGAUUUGGGACUGUCCACAGCACGAGGCAGGGGUCGGUGUAAGAACCCAUCUUGCGACUAUAUUUAUAAGAACAGGCACAAACCUGCAGUGUGCCCGAAAUGUGGCUGCGAGCUGACCCAGAAGAAUGCCAAGGCAACAAAGUCUGAGACUCUGCUGUAUCCAUACAAUCCCCUUAGUCCUGCCCAAAAAGACAUCCAGCGUCAAAAUACGGUGCAGCUGCUGCGCAGCUCUUUGCAGAUUCCUGAGAAUGAGACUGAGCUUCAGGAAACAUUAACCCUCAUCCAGGAGCUCAACACUUUCCAGGUUGUCUUUGUUCAAGUGGCUGACCAGGAGCAGGAAAACAGCGCCGAGGCAGAGACCAUGCUUCAGUCUAGGUGGCCUCAGUACUACGAGUCAGCAGCUACUCACUGUGGCCUGUGUAACUACCCUCUCUUCAAAGGUGAUCAGAGCACUGUUGCAGGACAGGAGAACUGCUGGCUGCUCACUGAAACUCUAAUGCAGACAGUCUCUCUGCAGCUCAAGGUUUGUCUCAAUGUUCAGUGUCUGGCCCUGCACAGCUUCACUGACCUUCAUCCAGGUCUGUUCAACAUUGGGAACAGACUGCUGGUGAGCAUCGACCUCUUUCUGAAGAUCAGGGCCAGCAUCAAACUAGGCCAGUCACCCUCUCAGGCAGCCAAGACUAUAGUAGACCAUGUCCCCAGUCAUCCUGUCCAUUCUCUUAAUCCAGAUGAAUCCUCUCAAAUUCAAGAGCUUCUCCUGAGUGGCUACUGGGCCUUUGAGUGUCUCACCGUACGAGAUUACAACGAUAUGAUCUGUGGCAUUUGCGGCGUUGCUCCAAAGAUAGAAAUUGCACAGAGAUACACAAACAAUGUCCUGGAGCUCAAGAAUGUAGAAUUUACCUGGCCUGAGUUUUCAGUGUCAGAUGAGGUACAUGUGGAUGACUUCUGGCUGACCAUGGAGAGUGAGGCUAUUGAGCAAGCAGCUUUCCCCACAGACAUCCCUAUCACACGGGUAGAUGCUUCCAUAAUUGCUCCCUUCAUUCCACCUUUGAUGAGGAGCCCCACUGUUAUCAACACAGAGAAGGACAAGGUCUUGCCACACCCUGAGCAGUCCUCGGGCGAUCCAUCGGUUUUGGUACGCCUCAUUCAUGACAGUCAGCUGAGACUCGACAAGAUUGAAGAUCACACUGAGGACGAGUUGAGAAAAGUCCUGGACUGCUGUGGGGCAAACAUCACCCCAGGUUCCACCAAGAAUGAGCUGCUGGCCUCUCUGAUCUCCUUGUACGCAGUCGUUCAUAGCGGCCUCUCCACUGCCCCACAACCCCCUGCACACCUCACUGCUGGCAAGCUGUCCAAAGUCUGCCCCCACAAGGUCAUGUGCGCUUCUAAGUACUUGGUGAAAGGAGAGACGGCUCGUGACCAUGUUGAUCUGCUGCUGUCAUCUCGCUACUGGCCUCCAGUCUAUGUUUGUGACAGUGCUCGUCAGGUGGCCCUUUGCGCUGACCUGCAGUACCCACAGCUGGCGAAACAAAUGUGGGGCAGAAAUCAAGGCUGCUUCUCUGACCCUUUUGAAAAACCAGUGCUCGUGUCAUGUCCGGAGCUCCAGGACCAGCUGUACAGUGCUGACCUGUCCUCAGGAGCAGAGAACCAGCAGGUCCACCCCAUCACCAAGUCAUCUUCCUGCUGGCUGGUUCAUCCUCCACAGGAAACCCAGAAGCCUGCUGCUCCAGAACAUCAUUCUAUGGUCGUCUGCAAAGAUCUCGAGCCCUAUGUUAGCCUGGUAGCUGAGAUAGAGAUGGAGAAGGGCGAGGAAGAUGACAAGAGUGCUCCGGAUAAAGAACAGUCAGAUACACUGAAGAGUGACUCCACAGAAAGUUCUUCUAGCGUUCCUUCUGUGAGCCGUGCGCUGAAACAACCUAUAGUUUUCAACAACACAGCUUAUUAUUACCUGUACAACCGUCUGGUGGAUUUUCUCACUAGCAGAGACAUCGUGAGCCAGCAGAUCAGUCAAGUUGUAAAGGCCUGCCAGCCUGGAGAGGUCGUGAUCAGGGAUUCUCUGUAUCGACUGGGAGUGGCGCAGAUAAAAACGGAUGGAGAGGAAGAUGAAGGAAGUGGGGUGGAGGGACAGGCACAGGAGGAAGGAAUAGAGACGUUUGAGGUUGUUCUGGAUGAAUAAGCUAAUUUGGCUUAGAAAGCGAGAUAUGUGAGCAAGCAGGCAGGGAGGUGGACUGAAUGUAUAAUGGCUGCAAAAAUGUAGAAACAUGUAAGUGCUACUAGUGAUUGUAGUGAUUGUAGGGUUAACCCUGACAAUAGUAGUAUUUUUAAGAUGGUGAUCUUGUAUCAAGUUGUUGAAACAGUUUUAGAGAUGUUUAAGUGUGAGAACAAGUAGAUCAGAUUGAUGAUAAUGAAAUGUCAAAGCUGUCCUUCUCAGUUGACUAAAUGAAUGUAACCUAUGUAUAUAUAUGUUUUUUUUAGCAACAGGAAAUAAAGAUUGAAAAAAGAAUAGAACAUAUAUGUAAUGUAUGUAAGUAACCUUGAGUCCUGCUCAUAAAUCAGUGCUUUCCUCUGACUGAAAGAAUGUAAGCAGGGUUUUAUUCACUCAGCUACGACUUCAAACAUGAAAGUAAAUAUUUAGCUUUGAAUUAUUUGGUAUAUUUAUAACCCUUUGGCGUUCCUGCUUUACAUUUUUACACUCUUACCUCUCAACUGCCACCCGCUGCCUUUUGGACUGAUGUUUAUUUUGGGAAGCGAUUAUAAAAUGUUAAUUGUAAUAUAUGAUAAUGUGGUGAUAGACCCUUGUUGGUAGUUUUUGCUUUAAUUUGUGCCACACUGAAUGAGUUGGGUUGACUCAAGUGAAGUAGCCAACCUUUAAAGAAACAGCUGCAUAAAAGAUAUGUAAUAUAUCUGUCUAUGUGAAGUAUUCGGGGGUUUUUUUUUUCAUUUUUUCUGGUGUUGAUAAAGAUAACGUAGACUUUGCCUGGCAGUUAAAAUGAACAAUGGAUGAACAGAAUCUCUGUGGAAGUAUUGGGGCUGCAGAGUUGUUAGUAGGGACACCUGUUGAUCAAGUGGCACCGAAGCAGCCGUGUAUAGUGGUAAUAUGCAAAAGUAGUCUGUAAAUUAAACUGCUUCUGUCACAAAUAAAUAUAAAGAAAUUAA